CAGUGUGUUUACAAUCUUACGAUAACAACAGGUGAUGUGUUAUUUUGAAAUAAAAAAUGGAUUUCCAAACUUUCUUCAGCAUCUUUGAAAGAUGUAAAAAAGAAAGAAAUGGAGAAGGACUUGUUGAGAUUUUUAAAGACAGUCGUAAAUAUUUUCAAAAUAUUUCCGGCAGUGAAAGCGGUUAUGUACUGGCAACUCUUUUUGAUAUUGAUACCGGUAUUCUUCGUUUUCUCCGAGAUGAAUUAGAUAAUGGUUUGAAAUUAAAAAUUUAUGAAUCUGUAAUUAUUCAAGGAUUUCGUUUAGUUGAAUUUGUCAUGGAACAAUUUCAAAAUGAAUAUGAGCCAUAUAUUAUCAGUACAAAGGAACUUUGUGAAUUCACUAUUAAAGUAAGAUGUGUUCAUUAUAUUAGAAGAGCAGCUACAUCUGUUUUUAAAAAGAUCAUAGAACUUUUCAAAGAUUUUGAAUUACUUCUCGGUGAAACUGUGGAGAGUUUUGGAAAAUCAUUAUAUCGUUAUGAUGAAAAAGAACGAAGUGAAAUUUUUAUUAUAAUGGCAGCAAUAGCUAAACAUAAUCCUCCUGAUGUUGAAAGAUUUUCAAAUGCAAUUUUUAAAUAUAUUUUGGAAGACAUGAAUAUUCAGUACAAAGAUCUGUCUACAACUCAAUCGGCAAGAUUUCAAGAAUAUUUUGAAGCUUUAAAAGAUUUAAUGGAAUGUUUUACACCAUAUCAUAAUGAAGAAAAAAGUAAACAAUAUUACGAACAUGUUUAUAAAUAUAUAAAAAAUAUUUGUGAAUUUGAUGAACAAAUUUAUGAAUCAAAUCCUGGUAGACGUGAUUAUGGUGUUAAAUUUUAUGAGAAAAAAAAAGCUGCAAAUCGAAAUACACAAUUAGCCGUUGAAUUAUUGAUAAGACAUUGGUCAUUUUUUGGUUCAUUAAUUUAUAAAGAUUAUAAAUUUUGGCAAAUGAAAUUUGAAUAUUUAUUGAAACAAAAUGGAAGAACUGGCGAAAUUGGUUGGCGUGCUAUGAAAGCUUUUUAUAAAGCAAUUGCACAAGUAUUGAAAAAUAGUGAUGCAAAUGAUGAAAGAAAUAUACUUUUGUAUUUUCAAGAAUAUUUUUUGAAUCAUCUUAAGAGGCUUGAUUUAAAUUCAAGUCUAUUGCAACUAAUUGUUUGGGCUUAUAGUCAAAUGGCUGAACCUUGUAAAAAGCAUUUAACUAUCAAUGAAGUUUACGAUAUGUAUUCGUUGAUAUCGAGAAGAUCUAUUUCACUCUAUACGAGCGACGAUGCAAAAAUUGAAGAAAUCUCCUGUUAUGUGGAAUCAAUUUCUGAAAUUUUAAUUCACUUACCAAAUGUGUCUGUUAAUCAAAUAAAGUUACUAUCAAAACUUGCGACACUUUUGAUUAAACGAUUUCCUGAAUUAAAAAUAUUCAUUCAACCAAGUGCAAUUAAUGGACUUAUUAAAUCAAUCACUAAUAUUGGAUAUCUUAAUCAAAAUCUUCAACAGGAAUAUUUUUAUGAUCUAGUUUACAAUGGAAUAAUAUGGUCGUGUUCACAUACUUUGUACAUUGAUGCAGAAUUGGUACGCAGUACAUUAAAAGAAAGGCCAAUUUGUUACAAAAAUUAUCUACCACUUUGGGAAGAAAUAUUUAAUAUAAAUUAUUACAGAAUUGAAACUGGUCCACAAGUAAUGAAACAUUUAUAUAAGGAAUUAUUUUCAACAUUAAUAUUGUUAAUGAACAAUUUAAAUCUUCAAGUAAAAACAAACAACGAUAUAAUGUUUUCCGAUAUCGCUUUAACAAUGAUACCAGAAAAUGAAACUGAUUUUCGAAUUUUCAUCAACAUGGUCGAUUUAUAUGAAGAAUUAUUUAAAAAACUUCAUUUUUCCCAAAUCAAUGAUUGGUUACCAAAAAUUUUAUAUGAAAUUGUAAAAAAUUCCUAUAAACAUCCAAUGGUCUCUGGAUUUUAUAAAUUGGCACACACAAUUCUUCGAAUAUCGGAAAUUUAUUGGAAAUCAUUGGAUAUAAAUAAUGAAACAUUUAUAUUAAUGUCGAAAUUUUUAUCAAGUACUUUGGAUUUAAUUUGUGGAUUUAAUCAUGAAUUGCAAAUAGCGUGCGUUUAUUUGAUUUUAGAUGCGCCUUUAAAUUUAGUUGAGAAGAAAUUAAAAGAAACAAUUCCUGUUUUUAAAAUUGCUUUAACUAUUGGUUUGAGUGAUUUUUCAUUGGCUGCUUGUGCACUCGAUUCACUUGAACAAUGGACACGUGAAUUAGCCGAUGCUAAUUUAUUGAAAGAAUUUUUGAUGGAAAUAAUUCCAAGUCUCGAACCAUAUCUACAAAGUAAAGAAAGUGAAACAGAAUUAUUGCAAGAUAUUUUAAAAACACAGCGAAAAACAAUAAAACGUGUUUUAUUGAAAGAUGAGACAAAAACUUUGGAAGAAUUUCAAAGAAGAAUUCUCUUAUUUCUAGGAUCGAUAUCAUCGGAAAUAACACAGAAUUUCAUUCAUAGAAGUUGUGAGGAUAAAAAAGCAACUUGGGAUAAAAAAGAUUUAUUGGAAUAUACACUAUUUUUUCCCGAUCAAAGACUUUAUAUACAUUUUGAUAGAAUUUUACCACGUGUUAUUGAAUUGGCAUUAAGUUCAGGUGACAGAAGAACAAGAAUGUGUGCCUGUGAAGUACUUCAUUCGUUAAUUGUUAUUAUUCUCGGUAAAACAAGAGAUAUUGUCAAUAGACCAAAUCCAGAUCGUUUUGCACAUUUAUAUAAAAUUCUUUGUCCAGCAAUGUUAAAAUUGGGUUCUGAUUCUGAUUUAGUUGUGAGACAAUUAUAUUAUCCAAUAUUUUUACAAUUAACACAUUGGUUGAGUUCAAAAUUAAUGUUAAAAUCGCCGUCAACUAUUUAUUUUGUUGAUUCACUAUUUGAUGGUUUAACUGAUAAAUCAAAUUCGUCGUUAAGAGAUUUUUCUGGAUUAUGUUUAAGGGAAUUUCUCGAUUGGUCAAUUAAACAAUCAUCGGAUAGAGAUUUGGCAAAUUCAGCAAUAAAUAUUCAUACAAUUGUGAGAAAAAUUUGCACAUACGCACAACAUCCAUCACAAGAAAGAAGAAUUGCUGCUGCAAUUGCAUUUAAUCAUCUUUAUUCAAGUUUACGUGAGCGUGAGGAAAUUGUCAAUAUUUAUUGGUUGGAAAUUUUCUAUUGUAUUGUUAAAAGUUCCGAGGGUUUAAACGAUUUGGGAAUUAAAAAUGCAAUUGGACAUCUUGAAAAAGUUAUGAAAAUUAAGGCAAAACUUUUUAAUGGAGAAAAUUCGAAAAGAAGAAAACCAAUUGAAUUUGAGAGGGGAAAUUUAAAGAGUACAUUAAUUUGGCUUUUGACACAAUGUGGAUCUGUUGAUCGAAAUUAUCGGCAAAGUUGUAUGAAAUUAUUUGAGAAUAUGCAUUCAUUUGUAGGAGAAAAUUGUGUUGAAUUAUAUUUGAAAAAACAUGGAAUUGAGGGUUUUAAUUCAAUUUUUUUGAAUAAAUUGAAUGAACAAAUUUUUGAUAUUUCUCUCGAAGUUGUGAAACCAUUAUUACGAUCACUCGAUUGUUAUAUUUGGUUUUUGGAAAAGAAAUGGAUUGAUUUCAAUUUAAUUUUUAAUGAAGAAAAUUCAGAAAAGCUAAUUUUUUCCUAUACCAAUGAUUUUAUUAAAUGUUUUAUGAAUCGAAGGGAAAUUGAAGAAAAUUGUCUAUUGAUUACAAAAGAAUUGGAAUUGUUAAAAACACUCACGUGUGAAACUAUUGAAACAAUUUUUUCAUUUUGUCACAAGAUUCUAACAACUGACGUUAUUUCAUUUGGAGAAAUUCCGAAUUAUUUUUGGAGUGAGGAUUUAUUUUCUUUAAUAUCGAUUUGUGUGCUAAAUCCACUAAAAGUGGGAUUCGAUACAAAAAAUUUGGAAAUUAUUGAAUCGCUACCACUAAAAAUGAAUGAAUUAUUGAAUGUUUUAAAAAAUAAAGCACCAAAAAUUCUCUUGGAAAAUUUUUUACAAGAACUAACGAAAUAUGUGGAAAAUUAUUAUCAAACAAUUAUAAACAUAAAUGAAAAAAUCGAAAUCGAAAUGGAAUUGAAAUACAAUGUCAAAGGAUUUAUUUUAUUGGAGAAGGAAAAAUAUUUGGAUAUUAUUUUAAAGGAUGAAUUUUAUCAAGUAAAGGAAAAAUUAUUUGAAGAAAUUUUCAAUGUACUUCAAUGUGAAGAGGAAGGAGAAAGAAAUGCAGUUUUUUUAAAACCUGAUAAAGUGGAAUAUUUGGAAAGUGUUUUAGAACUUGUAUUCACAAAUUAUGAAUCUAAUUUAAUUACAUCUUUAAUUAAUUUCAUAAUGAAGGAUGAUUUACUGAUUAAUCAGGAUAUGACAACUUCUAAACAUGGUGAAUAUUUUUUGAGUGUUUUUAAAUCGGCAAUUUUUAAUGGAAUGUUGAAAAAUAUUCAAGAAACAAUUAAAAUAAUGGAAAAUUUACUUGAGAAAAAUCCGGAUAAAUUAUUAAUGAUAAUUGAAGAGUUAGUGAUAUUUACAUACAAGAAUAAAAAAAUUUAUCCCAUUGAAUCUGAAUUAUUGGCAAAUGAAAUUCUUAAACUUUGUUCUUUACUGGAAAGAAUAGUAACGAAUUUUGAACAUCGUAGGAAGCAAUUUUUGAAUAUUUAUCGAAUUGUCGUGCGUCUUAAACGAAAUCCUUUGGAAAUUACAAAUAAUAAACAUGAUCUUUAUUUGUGGAUUUUGAAGAAAUUACAGGAGAAUAUUGAUUUGGAGAAAAAAGCGGCAAUUUUGGAUGAUUUUUUAAUUUGUCUCACUGAUAUGAAUAGUAAUAGUGAUGUUGUUUCUUUAACAUUGGGAAAUUUGAAAAAUGACAGAUCGGAAAAUAUUUCUGAUAAUGAUAUUAAUUCUCUAAAAGCAAUUGCGUGUUUUCAAACAAUGCUUUCACAUUUACCAGUAACAAAAUCUGUUAUUCUUUAUGAGGCAAUAAUUAAUUUUGCCGCUGGUUCUUGCGAUCAAUUAUAUAACGAGAAAACAUCAAUUGUGAUGGAAAAUUAUUUUCGUCUCAUUCCUACUAAUAAUAUUCAAAAUUCUUUAGAUAUUACUUAUAAAGCAUUUAUGAAUUGUGGAACAUUAAUCGCAAGAUUUGAUGUUUUAAGAAAAUUUCUUUUACCAGCGUUUCAAUAUUGUAAAUCAUUUGAUAUUGAAUGUUUUUUUGAAAAAAAUUCUAAGGAAAUUUAUUCUUGUUUGUUAAUUGAACUUAAAGGUGAUUCAGAAGAUGAUUUAAAACGACAAAUUGUUUCAAAAAUUGGAUCCUAUAAUCUUUUUGAAAUAAUGUUUGCUAGAGUGAAAUUGGAUAAGAUCAUAAAUGUUGAGAGUAAAAUUGUGAAAAAUAUUUUUCAAACACCCAUUGAGAAGGAAUUAAUGAUAAAAUUAUUGAAACAAACACUUGCGGAGAGAAAAACAAAAUGUUUGCUUCCAAAUAUUAGGGAAAUUACGAGAUUACUUCAUUGUGCUGCGUAUAAUUGUCAUAUUUCAAUUGUAAGUUUGAAGGAAGAGGAGAAAUUUUAUUCGUGGAUUUUCACGGAAAAUAGACAAGAGGAAAGUUUAAUUUGGGAAAAUAUUGUUGAUUGUGAAAAGCAAUAUGCAUUGAAGCAAACGUUUAAAGAAUAUCCAAAACAGAAGAAAAAGUUAAUUAAUAUAAGAAAAAAGAAUUUAUCUGAGAAUAUUGAUAAUUAUUCUUAUAUUCAUAAAUAUAAUAUCGCUUCUUCUACAUUGGUUGAAAAUAUGGAUUCUUAUGAUUUUAAUGAAGCAACACUUGAAAUUAAAUCGAAUAAUCAAAUUGAAGAAACAAUGAGUUUGACAUUUGAAUGUGAUGAUUUUAAUGAACACGAAUGUAUGGCAUCGCUUUCGGGAAUUUUGGUUCAUAUGGUGAGAAAUGAUAUUUGUAUUUUGGAUACGGAAAAUCUUCAAUUACCAAAGUGGAUGGGUAAUUUUUUUCGUUCAAUGAAUACAAAUUUUAAUAAUGUUCGAUUAUUUUUGUUAAAAGUCAUUUGUAAUACGCAAAAUAUUUUUAAACCGUAUGUGAAAUUUUUUCUUGGAAUUAUAUUAAAUACCGUGAAUGAAUAUAUGAAGGAUAAUUUGUUAAAUUAUAUAAUUACUGAUAUUUUGCUACUUUUAAUUGAAUGGCAAGUGAAUUUAGGGGAAAAUCACAUUGAACAGGCGCAAAUUCUUUUGAAUAAUUUAAUACAAAAAGCGGAUGGAAUUUUAAAUCGAAGUGUGAGAACAUAUAAUGUUGAAAUUAUUAAAAUGAUUCUUCAACUUUGGGGUGAUAAAUUAAAAUUACCAAUUGGAAUUGAUGGAAAAAUACAAACGGCACCGGAAUUUUCGAUACAAUUGAUUUUGACAUUUUUGGAAAAUAAAUUGGAGGAUCAAUUGGUAGCUAGAUUGGAUCUUGUGGAAUUUGUAUUGAAAUCGUUUAAUGAAUGGAAAAGAGAGGAGGAUGUUGUUUUGCAAAAUUGUAUGGCUUUGGGUUUGAUUGUGAAAAAUUUGGAAAAGGAAAAUAAUAUCGAAAAUGAGGAAUAUGCUGCAAUGAAAUUGAAAAUCAAUGAAAUGUUUUCUUCAGUAUUUUGUAAAAUGCAAGCCGCUGAUAAGAGUCGAUUAAUUAAGUGUAUCAAUACUUUGGUUAAAAGUUAUCCGCCAUUGAUUGAAAAUUUUUUUGAAUUUGUCAGAAAUUAUAUUGGCGAUGUUGACAAUAUGGGAAAAGCAAAGUGUCUUGAGAUUUUUAUUUCAAGAAUUUCUUGUCUAACCACUGACGAAGUCAAACGAGAAUUGGGAUAUUUGAAUUUUAAUAAUUUAUUGAAAAAUAAAAUUCUUACCUGUGAAAAAUUAGGACUUGUGAUCAUUGAUAAAUUAGUAUCGAUUUUUAAUGCAGGCGAUAUGAUUCCAAUGGCAGAAUUAGUGAAACCAUAUUUAAAAAAUAAUUCUUCUGAAUUGAGAGAAAUGGUCUAUGAUAUAUUUAUAAAAAUUAAGAAAAAAUAUGAAAAUUACACGAUUGAAUUUGAUGAGAAUAAAUUAAUAGAAAUGAGUAAUGAAAUUUUACUUGUUGGUUUAUUAGAUUCGGCUGAAAAUUUGCAUGAGAAAUUAAUUAAUUUUUGGACGGAGGAUGUUGGAUUAUCGGCAAAAUUAUUGGAUCGUCUCAUGGAUCUUUUGAAGCAAUAUAAUCCCGAUGUGGAACAAGUGUUUUUACUUUAUUUUUGUCUUUCAAUUUUGCGUCUUACGAAUAAAUCGCGAGAAUAUAAUGAAAUGAUAUUUAAUGAAAAAUUGGAGGAAUGUUCUUUUGUUGAAUAUGAAGUUUUAUUAAAUUGGAGAGCAAAAAAUUUGGGUUCAUUGGCACCACUUUUUGCAAAAUCAUUGUCAAGUCAAAUGUCACAAAUGAUAUCGAAAACAUUCACUCAGACAUCAACUUCUUCAUUUAGAGGGCAAUUAUUGAGAGCAACUGUUGGUCCUGCUUUUGAGCCAACUGUCAAUGAUUCACAAUUGUCCGAUGCACAAUUUUCUCAAGAUACAAAUUCGGAUGUUUUUAAAAUGCCAGAUCCUGCUUUUAAUAAAGUAUCAAAACGAUUUCUCGGUCAUAAGAAAUUGAGUGAUGAAUUUGUGCAGAGAAACGCGAAGAGUUAUCUUAAACAUGACGAAAUGGUUAAAGAGGAAGUUGUCAGGCAAAGUAAUGUUGUGAAACUUUAUAGAAAAUAUCGUCAUGGCGAUUUUCCUGAUAUACAAAUAUCUCAUUCGAGUUUAUUGGUUCCUCUUCAAGAAUUGGCAAAGAAAGAUUCAUUGAUUUGUAAAGAUCUUGUUGUGAGUAUUGUUUGUUCAUUGUUAAAUGAUUUGAGAAAUGAGGAAAUUAUUUCUGAAAUUUUUAAUAAUAUGAAAAAAGUUUUGGAAAAUCAUAAUGCAAAUUGGACACUUGCUGCGGUUUUAGAAAUAACAUUGGAAAAUAAAGUUUAUUGCUAUGAGCCAUAUUUGGUUGGAAGAGCUUCAAAAAUUAGUGGUCUCUUUUCAUUGGGUGCACUUUAUUUGGAAAAUUACAUGAUUCAUGGCGGGGAAAUUAUAGCUGAACCGGCACGAAAAAAAAGAAGAAAAAACGAAAAUCUUUUGAUUUGUGAACCAUCAAUUUAUUUGGCGAGAAUUUAUAAAUCGAUGAAUGAAGCUGACAUUGUUUUGAGUAUUUUCAAGAGUGGACAAUUUAGCGAAAAACUUCAGGAAGCAUCGCUUGCGCAGAGUUCGGGUGAUUAUUUACGAGCGAGAAAAUAUUACGAGGAUGCUUACGAGAUGGAAAAUGAUUUUGUUAAAGAACACUGUCUUCAGGAAUCGUUUGAAUGUUUAUGUCAACUUUCACGAUGGGAUGUACUUGAUAAAAAAGUAUAUGAGAUAUCAGAGGGAAAUUUUGAUAACGUUUGGAAUAAUUCUGAACAAAAAGAAUGGCUUCUUCCAUGGAUUUAUCGUGUUUAUUUGCAUAAAAUUUUGAAAGGUGAUUUAUUCAAAAAUCGUGAUAUCGACAGAUUGUUACAAUUUUUAGAGUCUGUUGAUAAUUGGAUAAAAAGUGAUAAACUAAUGGAAAUAAAACAACAUUUUGGUGAAGAAAUGUCACAUAUUUUUAUUAAUCCAGAAAAUGAAAAAUUGGAAAUUGCUCGCGAAUAUUUGAAAAAUAAUCUCGAUAAUGUAAGAGAAAAUUGGUUAAGAUUAAAUCCUCUAUCAGAGAAACUUCGUUCUCGUCUUUUGUUGAAAUUGAGAGGAAUCAAUAGUAUUGAUUUGUUUUUUAAAACAUUAAAAUCUGCCGAUUUAUCAAAUGGAAUUCAAUGUUUGAUUAAGGAAUGGAAUCAACAUUUACCAUCAUCAAAUGAUGAUCUUCUACUUUGGGAAACACAUAUGAAUUAUAGAAUGUAUUUUUCGUCUAUUCUAAUGAGUAAAUAUGAAUCUGAUGAUGAAAAUAUUUUACCUCAAUUAAAAUCUACUUAUAUUGAGCAAAAAAUGAAAUUCUUGGAUUUUGCUAUUGAACAUAAAAAUAAUUUUGUGGCAAAAAAAUAUGUUGUUGAUUUGGAGGAAGCUAUUAAAAAUACUGGUUUAAAAAAAUUAGAAUUCAAACUUUCGACUUCUAAAUGUUUUCAUUUGAUGAGCGAAUUUUCCAACGACAUGGGAAAAAAACUUUCGCACAUUAAUAAAUCUUGGAAGCAUGUUCAUAAUUAUCUUGAUGCUAAUGAUUCUGAAAUAUCAUUGAAAAUAUCUGCUUUACAACAUGUCACAACAUUGACAAUACUUUUGGAAAAUAUUCUCAAUGAUGGAGGAGAAAAUGCUGAGAUGAUUAUGAGAUUAGAUUUUUCAUCAAAAUUACCAAAUAAAGAAGAAAUCAUUGAUGUGGAGAGUUUAAGAAGAAAUAUUGUUGAUUAUGGAUUGUAUACAUUAAAAGAAUGUUGUGAUAUUGCUGAAACUGGUGAUAAAGCUGAAUGUUAUUUUAAAUUAGUGACACAUUGUUACAAUCGAAUUUCGAAAGGAGGAAGUGUUGAUAUUUUUGAAAUUCGUGAAUUUGUCAGUGCAACACUUAAAGCAAUGAUUUAUGGAUCAUUUAAAGCUGCUCAUUAUUUUCCAUGUCUUUUGAAAUUGGAAUAUUUACAAGAUGAAAUGACGAAGAAUAUUUUUAUUGAAGAGUGUAAAAAAAUUGAAACCUGGUUAUUUAUAACUUGGCAAUCGCAAAUUUUCUCUCAUCUCAGAGGAUCAUUCGCGGAAAUAUUAAUUCCUCUAGUUGAUCGAUUAGUUGAAGAUUAUCCAAAUGCUGUUAUGUAUAAUUUCCGUUUGACAAUUGAAUCAAAUCCGGAUUUAUUGAUAAAUCCGGGAAUUUUAUUAAUUAAAGAAAAAUUGUACAGUAAACCAGGUGUUGAGGCAUUUUUAUCAGCUAUGCAUUAUAUUUCUCAACCGGAAUUAUAUUUAAUUUAUCAUCUUUUGGAAAUUUUAAAAACUGUUCAACAGGGAAAAUCAAUAUCAAUUGAGAAACUGUUACAGACUUUGUUUCCUGAAAAACAUUUUGAAAAGCAACUAUGUGGUUCUCUUUUUAGGCAAAUAUUGAAGAAAAUUGAUGUGUUUAAAAGUGAUAUUAAAAAUAUGAAUGGAAAAAAUUUUACAGAAUUAAAACCAAUAGUGAAGAAAAUCAAUGAUGUUUUAAAUAAAAGUUUAAAGGAAAGAAUAGAAAAUGAAAGUAUUUUCAUGUCAAAAUUAAAAGAUUACAGUCCAUGGUUGCAAAAAUUAAGUGCAUCUGAUAUUGAAGUUCCUGGUCAAUAUUCAUCAAAUCGAAAACCAUUGCCACGAUAUCAUGCGAAGAUUGGUAAAAUUGAGUCAAAUGUUGUUGUGAUUCAAUCGUUGCGAAAACCAAUAAAAUUAACAAUUGUUGGAAAUGAUGCGAAGAAUUAUAGUUUUUUGGUGAAAUUUGGAGAAGAUUUGAGAAAUGAUCAACGAAUUCAACAGGCGUUUGGUAUUAUGAAUAAAAUACUUGAAAACGAUAUUUCUUGUGCACAACGUCAUUUGGCGAUUGAUACUUAUCAAGUCAUUCCCUUCUCGUUGAAUUUAGGACUAAUUGUAUGGAUCGAAGGAAUGAAAACACUUGAAGAUUUUAUUCAUUUUACACUCACCGAUGAACAAAAACUGGAGUGUAUAUCUAAUAUUAAUAAAUACAAUGAAUGGAUAAGAAAAUGUGCAACGGGAAGAAGUUUAGCGUAUAAAGAAUCAACAAUUAAAUAUAGUGCAACAACAGUUUUAGCAAAAAUGAAUGAACUUAUUAAUUCAACUGAGAAUGAUGCAUUGAGAAAAACAAUUUUCACAUUAUGUCCAUCUGUUGAAAGUUUUCUUUCACUUCGUCAUAAUUUUAUUUCAACAUAUGGAACAAUGUGCAUUGCACAAUGGAUUAUGGGAAUUGGUGAUCGUCAUUUGGAAAAUUUACUUAUUUCAGUGAAAUCAGGAAAAUGUCUUGGUAUUGAUUUUGGUUUAGCAUUUGGUGCUGGUGUUGAUAUAUCUAUUCCUGAAUUAAUGCCAUUUCGUUUGACACCACAAAUUCAGGAUUUAUUUAAACCAUUUGCUGAAAAUGGUCCAUUUGAAACAACAAUGGUUUUUGUUUUAAAAGCAUUGCGAAAAGAGAAAGGACCAUUGUUGGCUUGUUUAGAUGUAUUUAUUCACGAGCCUUUAAAUUGGUUGGAGAAUAUUAAACAAUUUUCGAAUGAAAAUCAAGAGGAAAUUGAAGAUGUAAAUUGGUUACCAAUAAAAAGAGUAGUUACAGUCGCGGAAAAAUUAGAUGGAAAAAAACCGUCGCUGAUAACUUUAGAGGAAUUAAAACUCGUUCAUGGCGAUCAGAAAUAUUAUUGGCGAUAUUUGGAUAUUGUUAAUGGAACUGAGGAGGAUCACAAAACUCUAAGAGCUAAAAUUAAAAAUGAUAAUCUUACACCUGAGGAGCAGGUGCAGUGUUUGAUUGAUCAAGCAUCAGAUUUUAAUAUUUUGGGUCGUACAUUUUAUGGAUGGCAACCGUGGAUGUAAAAAAAUAAAUUAAUGUUUCUAAGAUUUAUUAAUUUCAAUUUGAAAAAACUGCGCUGAAAAGUCACCAAUCAAAAUUUUAUGCCACGUGUUUAUUUGCGCGGGAAAAAAGCAAUUCUUAGAAAUGUAAUUGGUUUCUUAAUCCCCGCAAAAAUUUAAAACCGACCAAUGAGAACGAUAUUUUUCAUUGUAAAUUUGAAAAAAAGUCGACGUUCCCGCCACGAACUAAAGCUUUAUUGUUGCAUUAACAGAUGGCGCCACUUAAUUUCCGUAUUAAUUUGAUUUUAUUAUUGUAAUAUUUAAUUUUAAACAAUUUAAAUUAUUCGCACAUAAUUAAAAAUUAAUUUAAUAUUAA